AUGAACAUGGAUAUGUCAGUAUCCAAGACAUCUAAAAGUUUCCAUUGUGAUGGUGGUAUUACAUAUGAGCAACUGCGGAAGUACACGUUCAGAGCUUUGUCCGAGGAAAACACUCGCAAAGCACGUGUAGUGGCUUUGAGAAAAGAGCUUGCUGUGCUGGAGUCGGACCUUGCCAGCAUCGCACCCAGCACACAGGACAUGGUCGAGCAACUAGCAAGAAGGGAAUGUCUGGAACUUAGCAAUCAGAUUAUGAGCAGAUUGCCACGCGAGGUGCGCGACAUGAUCUACCUUCAUCUCAGCACGCGAGGCAUCGAAGUCAUCGAGCGCGAGCAUUUCCGAACCACGCUGGACCCCUUGACGCGACUGUACUCAUAUAACUUCGAUCGAUGGAAGAAGCAACAUUUCCCAGAGCAUUACUGGAACCCAAAAUACGUGUCGAAACUAUUGUACAAUGAGCUGGUAGAAAACUACUACCGCACAUCUACUUUUGUCUUUAGCGACGAUCCGGGCGUCAUGAAGCGGUUCCUCAUGACGGAUGAGAUGCGCCUCGGGCUGCCUCCAAAAGACUUGGUCGCAAAGGUAGAGAUAGGCCUCAACGCCAUGUCACAUGACCGAGGAUCUUUCCGCGCGUACAUGUUCGGGGUACCAAAAAGUCCAGAGCGCAUGCGGGAGGCGAUGGAUGGGCUUUUCGAGCUCAAGGCGGGAGCUCGAGUGGUAAUUAGAUUUGUGACCGAGGCCAAGACAGAGGAGGAGAGAGACGAGCAUUGUAGGGGGGCAAUAGAGACGCUUUUUGACGUAGUGCAGAGGGACAAGAUGAGCAAGUACAAGGUCAAGUUUGUGGUGGAUGACGUGAGAGUUUGGGAAGUGGGAGAGGCCAUGCGACACGAGUGGAUGGCCAUCCAUGGCUGAUCCGGAAGUGAGAUGGGAAGUGUGUGGGAUGAAUAGACUGAUCUGUCGUCUUCCGC